UCCAACGAACCGAAGUUUCGUCGUAAAUCCCGAGGUUUUCGUUCUCUGCCACCAUGCUUCUCGGCCCACUUGACGCAAGAGGAAGAGAUCACUCCGCAAAACCGGCCGUCGAAUCGCCGGAAAACGAUGAAAUCGUCAACCCGACCGCCAUGGAUUCCGUCACCGGAAAACCUCCAAUGGGUCUGACGGAGAAUCUCUCUCCGACCUUCCUCUCCACCGGAAAUCCCUGCUUGGAUUUCUUCUUCCACGUCGUUCCGGACACCCCACCUGCCGAUCUGAUCCAACGGCUGAGACUGGCCUGGGCCCACGACUCCUUGACGGCGCUGAAGCUAGUCUGCAAUCUGAGAGGCGUCAGAGGCACCGGGAAGUCUGACAAAGAAGGGUUUUAUACGGCGUCGCUUUGGCUCCACAAAACCCACCCCAAAACCCUAGCGCUCAACGCCAGGGCCUUUGCCCAUUUUGGGUAUCUCAAGGACUUGCCGGAGAUUCUCUACCGGCUUCUCGAAGGGUCCGAAACCCGAAAGCUGGCGAAAGAAGAGUGGAAGAAUCGGAAGAAGCGGAAAUUGAAGAUUCCAAAUGUGAACGACAAAGAAAAGGCAAGGGCUUUGAGGAAAGAGAGGGAAUUGGCCAAGGCAAAAAGGGCUUUGGAAAGGUAUGAAAGUGAUUUGGAUUAUAGAUUUUUGUAUGAUUGUGUUUCGGAUGUUUUUGCUGAUAUGUUGAAAUUAGAUAUGCAGUUUUUGAGUAGUGGAGAAAUUCAUAGGAUUAGUUUAGCUUCAAAAUGGUGUCCUUCAAUUGAUUCUUCGUAUGAUAAGUGUACCUUGAUUUGUGAGGGGAUUGCUAGGAGGGUUUUCCCCCGAGAGUCGAAUUCGGAGUACGGUGAGGUUGAGGAGGCUCAUUAUGUUUAUAGGAUUAGAGAUAGGUUGAGGAAGGAAGUUCUAGUGCCUCUUCACAAGGCAUUGGAAUUGCCUGAGGUUUACAUGAGCGCUAAUCAAUGGGGAAUUUUGCCGUACAAUAGGGUCGCCUCCGUCGCGAUGAAGAACUAUAAGGACUUGUUUUCGAAGCAUGAUAGUGAUCGAUUCGGGGAGUAUCUUGAGAAUGUGAAGAGUGGCAAGGCAAAGAUUGCUGCCGGGGCUUUGCUUCCUCAUGAGAUCAUUAAGUCAUUGGAGGAUGAAGAUGGAGGAAAGGUUGCGGAAUUGCAGUGGCAAAGAAUGGUUGAAGAUGUUGCCAAGAAAGGGAAGCUGAGUAAUUGUAUUGCAGUUUGUGACGUGUCGGGAAGUAUGGAUGGUGUGCCAAUGGAGGUGUCUGUGGCUCUUGGUCUUUUGGUUUCGGAGCUUAGUGAAGAGCCGUGGAAGGGUAGGGUUAUUACAUUUAGUGAAAAUCCUCAGAUUCAUGAGAUUGAAGGAGACACCCUUUUGUCCAAAACCGAGUUUGUGAGGAGGAUGGAGUGGGGUAUGAACACCAAUGUUCAGAAAGUUUUUGAUCGGAUUUUGGAAAUAGCUAUUGAAGGGAAGCUGAGUGAGGAGCAGUUGAUUCAGAGAGUGUUUGUGUUCAGUGAUAUGGAAUUUGAUCAAGCUUGUCGCAUUGAGACGAUGGGAUCUGACGAGGAUGAGAGUGGGGAAGAUUCCGAGGAGGAUAAGUGUGAGGAAGAAUCCAAUGAAGAUGAGAGUGGGAAACAGUCCGAGGAGGAUAAGUGUGAGGAAGUGUCCAAGGUGGAUAAGAGUGAGGAAAAGAAUAGGAGUUGGGAAACCAAUUAUGAAGUCAUACAGAGGAAAUUUAGGGAGAAAGGGUACAACAAGGUGCCAGAGAUUGUGUUUUGGAACCUUAGAAAUUCAUCUUCCACUCCGGUGGUCGCUAAACAAGUUGGGGUUGCUCUCGUGAGCGGGUUUUCGAAGAAUCUGUUGAGUCUGUUCUUGGAGGAAGGUGGAAUUGUGAACCCUCAGGAUGUAAUGGCACUAGCUAUUUCGGGCCAAGAGUACUCGAAACUUCAAGUGUAUGAUUGAAAUCGACAAACCCUCGUGAACCACGCAUAGUUAUUCCAAAUCCACAGGAAAAAAUAAAAGAAAAAAAAGUGCAACUCCUUUAUACAUUGAAUACUAAACAUGGUAGAGAUCGCAAGCUUAAUUUCCAACAGGAGAUGAAUGUAGAAAGUUAAAGUUUAGGCAUUUUGUUUUUUUGAAUAUAAAGUUUAUGAUUUUACCUAGUAAAAUAGCUGUGAUUUUCCAAAACAAAAUAAGAUGAGAAUAUAAAUAGUGUCUAAGACCGGUUGGUCUAUUAGCUGUGAUUUAAUUCUGCUUUGUAUAAGAAAGUUUAGAAAAUUACU